AUGGUGCGCGUGCCCGGAUCUCUUGGCGACGCGGGAUUUCACCGUGAGUCCCAAGAUGAUGCGCAUGUGAGCAACGAAUCAGGAAAUGAAGCGCCGACGGAGCUAGGAUCACCGGCGGCGUCGCUGAAGAAUGGAUCCUCGAACCAACAAAGUGCCAGGAGGAUCUCUACCGGCGGAUCGGAGGCGGAUCGGGAUGACCCUGAUCUCGAGGAGAAGCCUCUACCCCCUCCACAGGUCCUCCCGAGGACCCCCGCGGGUCGCGCUGCGAAGCACGACCCGCCGGACGAGCACCCAGCAGCGAAAGCUGUUGGAUCCUCGGCCAAAAACCCCGCGCAGACCAAGGGAGCCAUGUCUAAGAAGAAGACACGAGCAGCGCGAAAGAAACUAAGAGCUCCGGAUGCGGAGCCGGAAGAUCGUAGCAUGACCAAGGCGACAUGGACGCAAUCCAAGCUGGAAGUGGCCUACCGGCGGAUCGUGCUGCAAGACUUCCUACGCGACCACCCCGUGAUGCAGAUCUUGCAGCUACAGGUACCGGAAGGACUCACUGGACCGAUACAGGCCCCGUCCCUAACGAUGAACAAGCUGGAGGCUGCCACAGGCCUGCUGCGCCUGGCGCAGGAGGCGGGUCUCGCCGUCGGUGUCUUUGAGGCGAAAGACCUCUUCGGUUUAGAGCUGGAUACCAUCCGACUCGCGGCGGCCGCGCUGUUCAACAAGCUGAAACCGAUCGUAGGCGAGAAGGAGGCAUUAGAACCGAUCCAGCCUAAUUACGCGAAGGGGGCCAACCACCAACGCCAGAGUACCAUACGGGAUCUUCCACCUACGAGUCGGCCACGUCGGAAGUAG